AUGCACCUUUUCAACUUCGCCGCGCUCUUUACGGUGCUUGCCACCUUUACCGCCACCGCCGCCGCCUCCGUCGACCGUGACUGGGAAUUCGAGAAAUAUAACUUAAAGAACUGGAGGCCGAAGAGCGGAUCGAUUGCUGAGGAAACACAAGAGAACGCUGGUCACCGACGUGGGGGAGCUGAAUAUUUCACGUCGGGUUCCCCGUCUGUCGUGGCUCAAGAUUAUUCCGCAAAAAAGGCCCCGACCAGAUUCGAGCAAUGGCAGUCUCAAAAAAAGGCGAGUAAUAAGAAAAAAGAAAGCAUCGGAAUUAAUGGUAGUAGACGGACGGAAGACUUUUACCCGUAA